CACAGUAGGCAAACACCACUCUCGGUUGACUAUUGUUUAAUCAGCAUUACAUUGCUAUCUAGGGUUAUUUCAACUGCACUUAUCGUAUCCCUCCAUUGGCGGCGGGGUAGCCAUUUGUCACUGUUCCCACACGAACAUCCGUGACUCCGUUGCGUGGCGAACACAGCGGCUUCAAGCACUACAGCGCAUGUCUUUCCUCCCUUCAGAUUUAGGCUAUCGUAUGCGACCACAAACGUCAAUCUUGCGCCAUGGCUUGUCCCAUUACAGUUUCCAAGUUUGUGGGGACCAUCUCCCUCGGCCUUUUAACGGGCCUUUCAUAUGCUACCUCUGUGCUUAUAAUUCCAUCCCUCCAAUCCCUUCCUAAUGCUCCCACCGCUUCACGAACCCUCAAGGACCUGCAACUGCGGACCAGCAAGCAUGUUCUUCGACUUACUCACAUCACGGCGAUUACUCUCUUCACCGCCUUCACUAUGUCCUCCCCACGCAGAAGGCACCCUUACCUGAUCUGGACGGCACUUACCUCUCUAAUCGGUGGACUUGGCCUGGAAUGGUGGUACAAUCGCGAAAAAGCGACAUGGAACUGGCUGUCAGGUGGUUUGGUUGGAAUUUGUACUUACCACCCAUCCGGCUUUGGUGUCAUUUCCUGGGGAUCUUCUCAUGCUACCACUUGUGCCAGAGAGUCUGUAUCAGCGAGGAGCGAGGAGGAAGACUCCAACGGCAACGGAAGUGAGAUCGAAAUCGUGGGCGAGGAAGAAGCUUCAUCCGCUGCUGCUGCAGACGCGGAAAUAGCGGCACCGCAAUCGGAUGACGAUUUGAACGUCAAUGGCGAGGUUGUCCAGGCUGAUAUGGAGAAGGAGCGCAGGUUUCAGAAGCUGAGGAUGUGGAUCCUAGGCCUGGGAUUCUCCAUGAGUGUUGUUGGGAUAUGGGGAGACAGUCUCUAA